CAUUAUUUUGUGAUUAGGAAAUGGAGACAAAUUACUUCCCACUAGCUCAAAGUCACGUGAGGAGCAAGGAAUUGCAAAUUAAAAAGAAAUAAAAGAAAAGAAAAAGGAUAAGGAGGAGUGCCUAACUAUUAGGCGUGUAAACCAAAGAACUAAAACUCAGUGCUCAUCUUUAAUAAGAGCUCUAAUUCAUCCGAAAUUCAAGGCAAGAGAUAGAGAAGAUGAAUUUCUAUCCUAUUCUACAAUUCUAUCCCUUCAAACCCAAAAAACCUAGGUUGUUUUCGUUUAUAAAAUCCCCAAUUACCCCUCCUAGAAAACACACAAGUAUUACCACAAAAAUACGGGAAGUUCGUGAGGCUUAGUAGAGCACGAAUUGGUCCAAGGUUGAUCGAUUGGGUGGUAUUGGAAGGCGAAGGGACGAAUUUGACGGUGGAUUCGAGCAGCGACUGCUUGUUUUCUUGGCUCAGUGCAUGUACGCGUACGAUAAAGAAGCAAGACUUCAGCGCAUAAGAGCGUACAUAGACUUGAUAUACGAAGCGAAACCAGAGGAGCUUCUUAAUAUUUUCAGUGCUGAACCAGCACUUGAAUUAGAAAAUCCAUUGCCAAUCAAAUAUAACAACAUGGCAGAACAGACCUUGAAAGAACUUGGAGCCCCUAAAACAGGAGAAGAUCCUCUCUGCAUUGUCUUUCCAGAACUAGAGAAUCCCCUCUAACUGAACUUAGGUUUCCUUAAUCUUUUCCCUAAAUUCUAUGGGAACCAGGUGAGAAUCCUUAUAGACAUUUAAAAGAGUUUAAAGUUGUAUGUUCUUCUAUGAAUCCAGAAGGAAUAGAACAGGAAAAUAUUAGAUUGCAUGCUUUUCCUUUUUCUUUGCAAAUUCUUGGGCAGAAUUGGAAAAAGUUUUUCUUGAAAGAUUCUUUCCUGCGAGUCGUAUAGGUUCUAUUAGGAAGGAAAUUUGUGGAAUUAGACAGAAUAAUAAUGAGUCUUUAUAUGAGUACUGACAAUGUUUUAAUAGGCUUUGUUCAUCUUGUCCACAACACCAAAUAAGUGAUCAAUUGUUAAUUCAAUACUUUUAUGAGGGUUUGUUACCUAAUGAUAGAGGUAUGAUAGAUGCAUCUAGUGGGGGUUGCAUUAGUUGAUAAAACACCGACUGAAUCUAGAAAAUUAAUCUCUAAUAUGGUUCAGAAUACACAGCAGUUUAGUACUAGAAAUGAUGUUAAAAGAGUAAAUGAAAUUGAUAUAAGUGGUAUUCAUAAUCAAUUGCAAGAAAAUUCUCAACAAAUUGCUACUUUGACUACUCUUGUUUCUAAAAUUGCUAGUAAUGAGUCUAAAUCCAGAGUUUGUGGUGUUUAUCCUGAUUUUUCUCAUGCUACUGAUGAAUGUCCUACUUUACAGAGUGAAGAUGUUAAUGCCUUAGGGAGUUUUUCUGGUCAACAAAAUAGGAAGUAUGAUCCUUUCUCACAAACUUAUAAUGAAGGUUGGAAAGACCAACCUAAUCUAAGGUAUGGCAAUAGACCACAAUUUCAACAGUUUAAUCAAUUUAAGCAACAUGGUCAACAAAACCCACCACCUAAAACUGCUAGCCCUUCAUUAGAAGACUUGGUGAAACAGUUAGCAAACCAAAUAGGACAGGUUCAUGAUCAUGGUGUUGAAUACCAAAAGAAAACUGACAUUCACCUACAUCACAUAGACACUCAAAUAGGUCAAAUAAGCACUACUCUGAGUGAUUUGGAAUCUCAACUCUCGAAUAGACUUCCUUCCAAAUGAACAUGCUAAAGCUGUAACACUUAGGAGUGGUAAAGAGUUAACAGAACCUAAAAAGAAGAAUAGAGUAGUAGAGAAAGAAGUAGAAGUCAGACCUAAGGAUGUAGUUAGUGAGUGUAAGGAAAAACAUGAUAAAGAGAGCGAGAAAUAACUUGUAGGGAAGGGUAAUUCUGAUGUGAAUUUUGAUGUUUCUCGUUUUAAAGAUGUUCCUCCUUUCCCCUCUCGAUUUGCUAAUCUAAGAAAGAAGCUAUGGACAAUGAAAUUCUAGAGACUUUUAGGAAAGUUGAAGUUAAUAUUCCUCUUCUUGAUGCUAUUAAGCAGGUGCCAUGCUAUGCAAAGUUUCUUAAGGAACUUUGUACUAAUAAAAGACAAUUUUGCCCUUCUGAGAAGGUAAGUAUGGGGGAAAACAUUUCAGCAGUAAUUCAAAAGAAACUUCCCCCUAAAUGUAAGGAUCUUGGCAUGUUUUCUAUUCCAUGUAAAAUUGGUAACUCUAUUUUUGAAAGAUGCAUACUAGACUUAGGUGCUUCAAUCAAUGUCAUGCCUAAAUCUGUAUAUGAUACCUUGAAUGUUGGUCCUUUGUCUAAGACUAAUGUGGUUAUCCAACUAGCUGAUAGAUCUAAUGCAUUUCCUUUGGGAGUUUUAGAAGAUGUACUUGUUCAAGUGAAUGAAUUAGUUUUUCCUGCUGAUUUUUAUGUGCUUGAUAUGGGUAAUAGAUCUGAUAGUGUUCCUUUAUUGUUGGGUCGACCUUUUCUAACGACUUCUAAGACUAAAAUUGAAGUUCAUGAAGGUAAUCUAACAAUGGAAUUUGACGGUGAAAUGAUUAAAUUCAACAUAUUUGAUGCUAUGAAAUACCCUAAUGAUAUCAAUAAUGUUUGUUCUAUCGAUUCUUUUGAUGCAUGUGAUUGGAUGGCUCAAGAUGUUUUUUAUGAGUGGUGUGAAAAUUUGUUUGCAAAUGGUGUUUUUGGUGAUGUUAAAAAAACAGAAUUGGUUGAUUCUUUUGUAGCAUCGUCUAAUGUAAUUGAAUCUGAUGUUUCUAAUGGAUGCGAAAAAUCUUUGCCUUCUGUUGUGCCUAAAUUGAUUCCUUCUAUUGUUAAGCCACCUGAAUUAGAAUUGAAACCCCUUCCCUCUAAUAUGAAGUAUGCUUAUUUGGGUGAUAAUGAGACUCUACCUGUGAUUAUUUCAAGUUCUUUAAAUGAAUCUCUAGAGACUAGGUUAUUGAAUUUGCUUAAAAAUCAUAAGGAAGCAUUAGGAUGGACUUUAGCUGACAUAAAAGGCAUUAGCCCCGCUAUGUGCAUGCAUAAAAUUUUCCUUGAAAAAUAUGAUAAACCAACUAGAGAGGCUCAAUGUAGAUUAAAUCCUUCAUGAUUGAAGUAAUUAAAAAGGAAAUCCUAAAGUGGUUAGAUGCAGGAGUGAUUUACCCUAUUUCCGAUUCCCAAUGGGUAAGUCCAAUUCAUGUGGUACCUAAAAAGAGUGGAAUAACUAUUUUAGAAAAUAAUGAAGGAGAACUUGUCCCUACUAGAGUUUCUAAUGGAUGGAGAGUUUGUAUUAACUAUAGGAAGCUUAAUCAAACUACUAGAAAAGAUCAUUUUCCCCUACCAUUUAUUGAUCAGAUGUUAGAAAAACUUGCUGGACAAUCUUUUUUCUGUUUUCUAGAUGGUUAUUCAGGUUACACAUAAGUACCCAUUGCCCCUGAAGAUCAAGAUAAAACCACUUUUACUUGUCCUUUUGGUAUAUUUGCUUUUAGAAGAAUGCCUUUUGGUUUAUGCAAUGCUCCUGGAACAUUCCAAAGAUGCAUGAUGAGUAUAUUUUCUGAUUUGAUUCAACAAGAUAUGGAAGUGUUUAUGGAUGAUUUUACAGUUUUUGGUGAUUCAUUUAAUAGAUGUCUUCAUGCUUUAUCUCAAGUUUUGAAAAGAUGUGUUGAAACUAACCUUGUUUUGAAUUUUGAAAAGUGUCAUUUUAUGGUUGAACAGGGUGUAGUUCUUGGUCAUAUUGUUAGUGCCAAGGGUUUAGAGGUUGAUAAAGCUAAAAUUGAUGUCAUUAGUUAUUUGCCUUAUCCUACAUGUGUAAUCCCCCGUAUUUUUAAAAUAUUUUAUAAAUAAAAUUUUAUUUUAUUUAUA